AUGUUCGGACUCUCUCAACCCGCUCCAGAUUCUCCCAAAUCCACCAUCAAAUUCCUCUGUAGCUACGGCGGAAAAAUCCUCCCUCGUUAUCCCGACGGCAAACUCCGCUACCUCGGCGGUCACACACGCGUCGUCUCCGUCGAUCGCUCUGUUCAAUUUUCCGAACUGCUUCCAAAGCUAGAAGAACUCUGCGGUUCCUCCGUGACGCACCUCCGCUGCCAGUUACCCGCUGAAGACCUCGACGCUUUGGUUUCCAUAACCUCCGAUGAGGAUCUCGUCAACCUCAUCGAAGAAUACGAUCGUACCGCAUCGCCGCAAUUGCCGUUGAAGAUCAGAGCGUUCAUUUCCAACAAGGUUUCCAAACCUCCGUUACCAAAUCUACCAAAAACAGCAUCGGUCUCUUCUUCAUCCUCAGCGUCGUCAACAUCUUCUUCAUCAUCUUUUACCGGUGGAGGUUUUGUUCGGAACUAUACGACGGCGCCACUGGUAGUUAGCCGAUGCGUUCAUCAUAUGUCGCAACUGAAUGUAAACCAUGUGAAUAUGGAAAGAUCUUCGGGGAGGAAUAUUCCCCUACAGCGCAACUGUAAUCACUGGCAAUAG